GUGGAAUGCGUGGAGGGGAUAAAAUACAGUCACACGCUAACAAUGGCGCUUCUGUUGGAACCGCCAUUAUCGACCUCUCUGUUCUCCAAUAAUUCAUCCUCAUACUCACAGACACAAUCACCUCUUCAUUUCAAGUUACUUCGUACUAAUUUCUCUUCCACUCCAAAAUUUGAGCAAACGGUUCUUAUUCGACAGUACUCUACGUCCAGAUACACCUCUAAAGUGUGUGCCGCAGCAAUUGAUCCACCGCCUCCGCCGGAUCAGAACCAGUCACCUUUACGAGAUGCUAAAGUUUCCCUAGAAGUUGCCAGCACCACAAGAGACCGCCAGAAAAUUGUGAGAGUCGCGUGGGAAAAGCUGGUCCGUUGGUCUCGCUCAUGGCGGUCCAAGGCCAAAACCGACGUUCUUGAACGCACAAACAAAGUGGUAGUUCUAGGUGGUGGAUCUUUUGGAACAGCAAUGGCUUCCCAUGUUGCAGGUAGAAAGGCACAAAUGGAAGUAAUAAUGCUUGUACGUGAUCCUCAAAUUUGUCAAUCCAUUAAUGAGAAGCAUUAUAAUGGUAAAUAUUUUCCUGAUCACAAGCUACCAGAGAAUGUCAUUGCAACAAUGGAUGCGAAAACUGCUCUCACCCGUGCAGACUUUUGCCUCCAUGCUGUACCAGUACAGUUCAGCUGUUCUUUUCUGGAGGGUGUUGCCGAUUAUGUAGAGCCAGGUCUUCCUUUCAUAUCCCUCAGCAAGGGAUUAGAGCUAAACACAUUGAGGAUGAUGUCUCAAAUAAUUCCACAAACACUAAGAAACUCUCGACAGCCAUAUGUUGCACUUUCUGGGCCUUCAUUUGCACUAGAAUUGAUGAAUAAGUUGCCUACAGCAAUGGUGGUUGCAUCAAAAGACAAAAAGUUGGCAAACACAGUCCAGCAACUUCUAGCUUCUAGAAACUUGAGGAUCAACACAACAAGUGAUGUUAUAGGGGUGGAGAUUGCCGGUGCACUGAAGAAUGUACUUGCAAUAGCAGCAGGGAUUGUGGAAGGUUUGAAUCUUGGUAAUAAUUCCAUGGCAGCCCUGGUUGCACAAGGUUGUUCUGAGAUACGAUGGUUGUCAACAAAGAUGGGAGCCAAGUCAACAACAAUCUCCGGCUUAUCAGGGACGGGGGAUAUAAUGCUUACAUGCUUUGUUAGCCUCUCUCGAAAUAGAACAGUUGGAGUUCGACUAGGUUCUGGAGAAACACUUGAUGAUAUACUCUGCUCCAUGAACCAGGUGGCUGAAGGAGUAUCAACUGCUGGAGCUGUUAUUGCAUUGGGACAAAAGUACAAUGUCAAAAUGCCAGUUCUAACAGCAGUGGCACGGAUUAUAGACAAUGAGCUGACCCCACAAAAGGCUGUUUUCGAGUUAAUGAACCUCCCACAGGUGGAAGAAGUGUAAAUACAGGAAUCUGAUGAAAUUGUAGUAGCUAUUUUUCUGAUUGCUCGACGCACUUCUCCUUCCACAGAGGUAAGGUAGUAGUUGAACAAUCACACACAAAAUAUUACACCAAGAAACCAUUUUUCUUGAUAGAAGGUAUACAUAUAUUGUUGAACACUUUUAAAUGUCAUCUUGGUUAAUUCUAAACCAAACAAGUGCGAAGCACCGACAUUGAGACUUUAUAUUUGUUACUGUAUUUUCAUUUCCGAUCUCAAGUCAAGAUUCUCAUGACUGGUUAAUGUGUAUCGCAUCGAUGUGGCACACUUGUCCGUCUUGCCCUUCUCAGGUACUGUUAUUGUAUCUGUUGCUUGUUUGUACACACUCUUACCUUACCUGUAACUUCCUAUCUCGUUUCUUUUAAUUCUUGUUUUGCAAACCGUAGGAGACAAUCUUUUUAUACUUUGGGUAGAGGAAGAAAAGGUUUGCAUACAUCCCAUCCUAUCCUUAGUCCCUAGUUUAUGUGAUUUACUAAGGGGGUGUUUGGUUAGAAG